CUGUUCAUUCCGAUGCACAACUGAAGAGCUCAUGAGUUCAUGGCAUGCGAGGUGUGCUCUUUCGGCAGGCGUGGAGACGCGCCCCAGGCGCAUGCUUGUGCUGGAAGCCAGUGCCAUUUGUGCGGUAUGCCCGCAGCCGACCUUCAGGCAGAAGGUCCGAGCCGAUUGCAGAGGCUCCCAACAGACCUUCGGCGGCGCCAUCUUCCGCGCGGAGCUUCGCAGAGCUGCCGCUCUCGGAGCCCACGCAGCAAGCCAUGCGAGAGGUCUUCGGCUAUGCUGAGCUGUCCGAGAUUCAGUCACAGGUGCUUCCCUUGGCGCUGUCAAAGAAUUUCGACCUGGUCGCUCGAGCGCACACGGGCACGGGGAAGACCUUGGCCUUCCUCAUCCCCGCGGUGGAGAAGAUGUUGGCCAGCCCGGGCCAUGGCAUCGCCCUGCUGGUGGUGUCCCCCACUCGCGAGCUGGCAUUGCAGAUCCACAAAGAGGCUGAGAUGUUGCUUUCCACGCACCAUAUCCCAGCGAUGAGCAUGAUCGGCGGGACGAGUCAGAGGCAAGACCAGGUGGCCUUGCGCCGGCGCAAGCCACGUGUGCUGAUUGCGACACCUGGGCGCUUGCUGGAGCACUUGGAGAGGACGUACUUGUUUCCCACACUCUUCGAGAACCUGCAAACCUUUGUCUUGGACGAGGCCGAUCGGCUCUUGAGCCUGGGCUUCCUGCCGGAGGUCAAGGAGAUUGUGUCCUACUUGCCUUCCAGACGCCGGACCAUGCUCUUCUCCGCCACGAUGCCUGAGAGCGUUAUGGACGUGGUGUCUAAAGCUUGCCGCGGCAACUACCGCUACAUUGACUGCGUCGGGGAGGAGUCUCAGUCCACAGCAGCCAUGGCAGAGCAGACUUAUGUGGUCCUACCGGGGCAUCAAUGCCUGGCUGCAUUGUACAACAUCAUCAUGACCGAGAUGGCUGCUAAUCGGUACAGCUACAAGAUCUUGGUCUUCUUUGCCACAGCCCGAAUGACCGCCUUCAUGGCUCAGUUCUUCCGUCAGCAGCUGAGCAUCGGAGUCUUUGAGAUCCACCGACGUCGAGAAGCGUCCGCCCGCACCUCGACGCAGCAGCGGUUCCAGGAGGCUCAAUCCGGCAUCCUUUUCUCCUCCGAUGUUUCGGCACGGGGCUUGGACUAUCCCAACGUCACCAUGGUUGUGCAGUUCGGAGCGCCAGCGACUCGAGAAAUGUACAUCCAUCGUGUGGGUCGCACAGCACGUGCUGGCAAGACAGGUGAAGCAGUUCUCAUCUUGGGAGAGUUGGAGCGAGCUUUCCUGGCUGCGGUGAAGGACUUGCCCAUCACUCAGCACAAGAAAGCGGGGGAGCUGCAGCGGGUGAAUGAGCUGCUGGUAAAGGCCACCACCAGCUGGCUGGCCAACGCGCCCUUGCGCACCGCCGCCUCCGCUUCCUUUGCCUCGCUGCUGGUGCAUUACAAGGCCACCCACCGGGUGCUCCACAUGCAAGAGGACGACGUGAUUCAGGCAGCCAGCGAUCUACUGCUUGGUUGUGGCCUGGUGGAUCAGCCGGUGAUCUCAAAGCGCCUCGCGGUGAUGCUGGGCAUCGAGAAGAACCCCUUGAUCCAGUGCGCCUCGCGACUGGGGGACCAGGAUGAGCUGAUGCUCGAGGAAGAAGACGUGACUAGAGCAAAGCGCUCGUGGCGCGGCUGACGCGCCAAAAGAAAAAUCGCAAGCCGAAGCAUCCCCUGGCACUCAGGGGGCAGAAGCCUAGAGUUUUACGUGUG